CUGCUGGCCGCAGGCCUUCUGGGUAGGCGAGACGGGAUCUUAAGAGAAAAAAUGAUCUCAAGGUGAGGCGGUUCGACUAACUGAUUCUGCCGCAGAUGGUAGAUCGAAUAUCGGCUAGUCGAGUUGAGUCGUGUUUACUUUCGUCAUCCGCAGAUGAUACCGCGCAUGGAGAAACUGUUGUUUGGGUAACAUGAUGCUUCUGUGGAAGGAAAAGUGUUAUUCUACACCAUUUUUAUGCUGCCCUUAGGACGCCACAGAUUAAGAAGGAGCCUAUUUGCCUUCUUACUUUUUGUCUUCAGUGGCCUGUUACUCAUUUCACGCAACUGUCUUAGGAUUGACCGUCCUCAAGAAGAUCCUCCAUCAACAACCCCCGAACCAUACUACUUCGAUUUUGACAGCAUCAAAUUUCUAGAAGGAACAGCUGCGCCGUGCAACCAGUCCAGACCACUCUUGUUGGCUAUUAUCCAUUCAUCUCCUAGUCAUGUCCCUCAUCGGAAAGCCAUUCGUCAAACCUGGGGCUCCUUCGCAGAAGGGCCAACCAGCGUCCGAACCCUCUUCGUUGUUGGACGUUCCAAAUCGAAAAAGAUAUCACAGAAGGUUCUCCGAGAGGCAAAGGAGCACGGUGACUUGGUUCUUGUUCAGUACAUGGACAGCUACAAGUUGUUGACUUUGAAGCAUCUGGCUGGAAUACGAUGGGCCUUGAGAAACUGCCCUGAAGCUCCUUUCCUCAUGAAAGCGGAUGAUGAUGCCUUCGUAGAUAUAAAAAGAGCAGUGUCUUUGUUACUUGAUAUUCUUGGACCAAAGUCCCCUUCUGGUGAUGUCAUAGCCUGCCGGAUUAUGCCCAUUGGCACCGCUCCUCACCGUUCCGGGAAGUAUCAAGUGACUCAAAAAGAGUACCCUCUGCAAGAGUACCCCGAAUAUUGCAGCGGAUUGGCUUAUUUUGCUCGUCCAUCAGCAAUGGCAAAAAUACACGAAGCGGCGACCUCCAGACGGGUUCCUUAUCUCUGGAUAGAUGAUAUUUUUGUGACAGGUUUGGCAGCGGGCGUGGCUGGCAUUUCCCACGUUGAUCUUGGGGUCUGGUUUGCAAGAACCGAACAUGAUGUCAUUCAGUGGAUGAUAGAUCAGUCUAAUCGUCCACUGCCCUGGAUGGUGUCGGAAAUGUCCCCCCGACACUGGCCAGUUGACGCGAUUCGCCUUUGGAAUAAAACAAAGAACUCGUGGAUAAGGACUGAUAAUGAAGUGACUUAAUAAAAUAUUCUAAACAGCU